AUGUCCCUUGCUUUGCGGUAUGUUGACAAAAAAGGCCAAGUGAACGAGCCAUUUAUUGGUCAUGUUCGUGUUGGUGAUACCUCUGCAAAAUCGUUGAAGGAAUCAAUACUUUCUUUGCUUAUGAAACACUCAUUAAGUCCAUCCAAAAUAUGUGGACAAGGGUAUGAUGGAGCUAGUAAUAUGCAAGGAAAAAUAAAUGGUCUUAAAGCUUUAAUUUUGCAAGAAACUCCUUCGGCACAUUACAUUCAUUGUUUUGCUCAUCAAUUACAGUUGACGCUUAUAGCGGUUGCUAAAAAACAUAAGGAGGUGGAAACUUUCUUUGCUAUAGCUGCUAAUGUGUUGAAUGUGAUUGGAGUAUCCUUUAAGCGUAGAGAUAAAUUUCGGGACCAUCAAGCAGAAUUAUUGGAGCAGUUGCUAGAGAGUGGUGAAGUUCAAAGUGGGAAAGGAUUAAAUCAAGAACGAGGGUUUCAAAGGCCAGGUGACACUCGUUGGGUAUCACAUUGUAAAACAUUGGAUAACUUUGUUGUUUUGUUUGCAUCUAUUGUUCAUGUGUUUGGGGUGAUUGAAUAUGAAGGUUCUGAGCUAAUGAUAGAUUGCAAGCAGAAGCCUUUUUGA